AUGGACGAGCAGAGCACCACGGGCGAGAUGCGUGGUAUGGACGACUUUAACGCGAGCGCGCGGCGGUACACGAGUGUGCUCAUGGCCUCGGCGGCGGCCAUGGGUGCCGUCCACGCGUUGCUCCAGGCGCGGAUGCGGGCCAUGGCCGCCGCCCUUGGCGCCCCGCGGCUACAGGCGCCGUUCUCGCUGCCGUACGCCCUGCUGGUUGUUGUCCUCGCCGGUGCCGUCACAGGCUUUGCCGUCGGUCCCGCCAGGCAGGUCGUCGUGGCGCUGGCCGGUGGCCGGGCCAGUGGCGCCGCGGCGGCGCUGGCCGACGUCGUCGCCGCCGAGGCUGCGCUGGCGUCGGCGGUGGCCAUGGCCGGCGCCGGCGCUCUGCUGCCGUUUGCCUACGUCUACGUCGAGGCCGACGGGUGCUGUGUGCGGUCGGCCGGAUCGCGCGGGACGGCCGGACGCAUCUACGAGGCGUCAGCAGUAAUGGUCCUUGCCGCCGCCGCCGCCCUCUCGCUGGCCUUUAUGGCUGCCGACGGCGCCACUUCAUCCGAGGCCUGGCUCGCGUCGGCGCUACGCGGGUGGACUCUGGCCGGCUCGGCGCUGUUGCUGGUUGCGCUCUCGCGGGGCCUUUGGAUGGCUCUGGUCGAGAGUUUGCGCGCGCUCACGACCGCGCUGGUCACGCUCUCGUCGCGACGUGCUCCGGUGGCUCCAGCCGCCGCCCGCGACAUGGAGCGUGAGGCGUUGCUGCUUCGCGCAGAGCGAGCGCGGGCGCACGGUGAUGAGGCUGCUGCUGUGGUUGCCGAAGCAGAAGCGGCAGCCCUGGCGGCGCCUGCCCGUCUACCGCCAUCAGCGGCGGCGGCGGUCUGGGACGGCGCCCUCGCUUUAGGUCACAUUGCACUUGUUCUCGGAACCCUUGCUGUGCCGGGUUUGUAUGUGGCCCAACUCUCGCUCUACCUCGCCGCGCCCGACAUUGACGAUCACACGCCGGGCUACAUCGAGGCACCGCGACCGGCACUGGCCGACUCGCUGCCGGCACCAAUGACCGCGGUUGCUAUGCUGUACAUGAGCUGGCGGGCUUGGCUCGGGUGCUUUGAGCUCCCGGGCGUGCGGCAGGUACUCGGUGCAGGGCUCGCGCCGGGCUCUGCCGGCCGUGACGAGCUGGACCACGCUCUGGCGCGCGGCCACUCGCGAACGGCAGUCGCCGUCUUUGACGCGGCAUACAUCAAGCACACUGUGUGCGUGGCGUACGCUGCGGUGCUCCUUUCGUCGGCGUCGAUGCGGGUUCCGGCGCUCCUCGGCUUUGUCCCGCUGCCUGCCGCGAGCUCCGCUGGCGAACCGGACGUGCUCUCGGCCGCGGUAACAGCGUGGAUCUUCAACCUCGGCUUUCUUGCGUCGAUCGUCCCCAACGGCGUCUCGCUUUUCAUGCGCUGGCUUCGUGACGUUUGGUGGCACACCAUCUUGUACGGGAUUGUGGACGCCGCGCUCAUCAACGCGUACGCGCUCUACGCCGACGCGAGCCCAUGCCCCGCCAUGACUCGCGUGGCUUUUCUCUACGACAUCAUCGACGCCGUCGGCUCCGCGCCGUCGCGCAAGUGGAAGCUGGCCACAGCAGCCAUCAACACAUCGUACUACUCUUCUACGGCGAUUGAUGGGCGUCGCGACGUCUGUUGA